UGUGCGCUUGUCGGCAGCCAGUACCGUCCGCUUCAUAGCUUGUGGAGUUUCGACUUCGUUGUUGUGGCGCCGUUCACAAGCGAGGUACACUGGAGCAGCCAUGGUGAAGAUUUUCAUCGGGAACCUGUCUCCUGAAGCUGACAAAGAUGAAGUGGAAGCUCUGUUCACUCAGUAUGGCACAGUGACAGAAUGUGCAAAGUAUAAAAAUUAUGCUUUCGUGCAUAUGGAAGACCGCAAGGCAGCCAACAAAGCCAUCGCAGAGCUUGAUAAAUACAAGCUGAAUGGGAGGCCCAUCAAUGUUGAGCCCAGCAGAGGAAAGAACCAGGGCCCUGUGAAGCUCCACAUAGCCAAUGUAGAGAGGGGCUUCGAAAAAGAGCUCCGCGAGCUGUUUAAAGAGUAUGGCACGGUCACAGAGUGCUCCAUUGUAAAGGACUUUGCCUUUGUGCACAUGUCCAAUUCUGAUGAGGCCAUGGAUGCCAUACAGGGACUGGAUAACACUGAGUUUCAAGGAAAACGCAUACAUGUUCAGAUAUCAAAAAGCAGACCUAGAGGAGGAUACGAGGAGAUGGGGGACUAUCCUCCACCACCACAAAGAGGAGGCUAUUAUCCCCCUCGCUAUCCUGGGGACAGGCCCGAGCCUCCUUACAGGGGUCGCAUGCCUGCUUACCCUCCUCCACCCCCAUCGCCCCCUCCACCAAGACGAGCACCCUAUCCCGACCGUGGCUAUGGCGAGCGAGAAGGCUAUGGGGUGGUUGAUUACUAUGAGAAAUAUAGAGCCCGUCCGUACAGCACAGGAGGUUACGAUGACAGGCGUUCGCGUGCCAUCCCCCCUCCUCCUCCUCCUCCCUCAGCACUGGUUAGAGAACGACUCGGGAUGGAGACCCCGUACGAUCGCCGGCCGCUCCCCCCUCCUCCAUCCUACAUGGUCAGGGACCGAAGCCCUAUCAGACGAGCCCCACCACCACCUCCUCCGCCAGCGGGUAAUGGGUACCCAUAUGAGCGCUCCCGUCUAUCCCCACUGUCCAGACCCCCGAUGUAUGCCCCUCCUCGCCCCAGGGACUCCUACACGGACAGAAUGCCUCUGCCCCCACCACCACCUCGCUACGCGGGCUAUUAGGCACACAAGUACAACACAAGGUUUAGAAUAUGACAAGAUCGUCGCCGUCUGCUGAUGCACGUGGCGCUAUGCAUCCCCUCGUCUAUGGCGGAUUGCGUUGCGUUCCUCUGCGGCUUACUGGAAGAUACUGUUUGCGGGAGAGCUCCGUAUUUAAAAUCAUACGACUCCAUGUCUAAAGUUCACGUACUCUUCUGAGCUGUUUAUGCUUUUUCUGUUCCUCUGCUUGUUUUUACUUUUCAAAUCCUUCAAAUGUUUGCAGAAUAGGUGCUCAGUCUAUUUCAGUGUGACGCAUUAGUUCAGCCAAAAACACUUUUGUUCUUCAAUCUUUUUUAAUGGAUCCGGUAUCUGGGUAACUGACAAUAUUUCAUAACAAGGGAAGUCAUUUAAAUGCAAAGAGAAUUUUAGACAUUGCAACAACAACAAAAAAUGUGUUUAGCCUUAAGGUUGCAGGCUGAUGACGAGAUACUCAUAACUAAUUCAAAAACAUCGAGUGUCGCAGGACUUAAGUAUAACACUUGUUGUGUAGACUUUUACGGCAAUCUUCAAAUUUGCGACACAUGUUAGCAAUGUUAGCAUGACAAAUCAAAAGUUCCAGUGUGGUUUUUGUUCUUUUUUUACGCUUUGUGUUUUAUUUGGUUGCGGAGAUCUACAGCACCGUUAUGUAUGAUUUUAUUUACUUUACAAGAUGCUCCUCAUUUUGAAGGCCUUUUAAUAAACGAAUCAAACCAAACACAACGCUUUAACUGUGAAAUUAUUCCUCGUUUGGGGUAGGCCUUUUUUUUAGUAACGUACCGUGGUAGACUGACACUCCCCCAGACCCUGUGUGAAGUAAUAUAUUAUUGGGUGUAUCUCCAAACACCCGUCAGAGCUCUUAGCUUGAAACAUGGUACGUAGUGCUUCACUUUCUGUUUGUAUCGAGGGAAAAUUAAAGGAAAACAUGAACGAAUUUCAAGUUAUUCAAGAGCCAAGCAGCCGCCGGUCUGCUCCCAGUCUAAAAGCUAGCACUUCAACUACAGUGAAAUAACUUUUUAAAAUCAUUGAUGCAGGUUCAGCGGAGGAACCAGGCUUGAUGAAGGAAGACAUUUUGAAACAGUUGUUUACAUGGUUAAGUUGAUCCUCAGUCAGUGGAAGUUGUCGCUGUUAAAAGAAAAACAAGAAAUGAUUAUUUAAAGAAGAAAAAAACUAAAAUUAUUGUUUAUAUUUCCGGUUAAGUUCCCUGUUUUCUUCUUUGGCCUCUCAAAAUGGUUUGCGUUUAUCUGCACAUGGGGAACGGAAUCCAACCUCAAAACCAGUCAUGAAUCCAACCUGUGUUAGAUUUUAUUUCCUAUUAGUAUGACAGUAAUAAACUGACCUUUGCGUUG